UUUGGAAAUUAGAACGUCAAGCCAAAUCUCAAAUAUCAUUUCGCUGGCGUUGAACUAGCAUUUAUUAUAGAUAAAGUAACAAAUAUUAUAAAAAAUGGACUCAAUAAGAGAAAAAGCGUUUCAGGAUUACCGUAAGAAGCUCAUGGAGCACAAAGAAGUUGAAUCCAGGCUCAAAGACAUGAGAGAACAGCUAAAGGAUCUUACAAAACAGUAUGAUAAGAGUGAGAAUGAUUUAAAAGCUUUACAAAGUGUUGGUCAGAUUGUUGGCGAAGUACUGAAACAACUUACUGAAGAGAAAUUCAUAGUAAAAGCAACAAAUGGUCCAAGAUAUGUGGUGGGCUGCAGGCGUCAACUCGACAAGAAUAAGCUUAAGGGUGGUACCAGGGUUGCAUUGGAUAUGACCACAUUGACUAUCAUGAGGCAUUUACCGAGAGAGGUUGACCCUCUAGUGUACAACAUGAGCCAUGAGGACCCAGGUGAUGUCACGUACUCAGCCAUCGGAGGUCUUCAAGAGCAGAUCAGACAGUUGAGAGAGGUGAUAGAACUACCUCUAAUGAACCCAGAACUCUUUGUCCGAGUUGGUAUCACUCCGCCUAAGGGUUGUCUGCUAUACGGUCCUCCGGGUACAGGCAAGACGUUGCUAGCUAGGGCUGUCGCUUCUCAGUUGGACGCUAACUUCUUGAAGGUUGUAUCAUCAGCCAUUGUUGACAAGUAUAUAGGCGAGUCUGCCAGACUGAUCCGAGAAAUGUUCAACUAUGCUCGCGAUCACCAGCCUUGUAUUAUAUUCAUGGAUGAAAUCGAUGCUAUUGGUGGCCGUCGUUUCUCCGAAGGCACAAGCGCAGACAGAGAGAUCCAACGUACCCUCAUGGAGUUACUGAACCAAAUGGACGGGUUCGAUUCACUCGGCCAAGUGAAGAUCAUAAUGGCCACCAACCGGCCCGAUACACUGGACCCGGCUCUGCUCAGACCGGGCAGGUUGGACAGGAAGAUUGAGAUACCGCUGCCCAACGAACAGGCCAGAUUGGAAAUUCUGAAGAUCCACGCGGCCCCCAUAGCCAAGCACGGUGAGAUGGACUACGAGGCGGUUGUCAAACUGUCGGACACAUUUAAUGGCGCCGAUUUGCGGAAUGUCUGCACGGAGGCCGGCCUGUUCGCUAUUAGAGCUGAGAGGGAGUAUAUUAUACAGGAGGAUCUCAUGAAGGCAGUGCGUAAAGUGGCCGACAACAAGAAACUCGAAAGCAAGCUGGACUACAAGCCUGUUUAAAUAUUGCUUUUAUUUUAUACAAUUUAAUACGAUUAUACUUUCUAUGUUUAAUAAAUACUUACUAGGCUAA